CCUUUUUCUCUCUCUCUAAAUCCAUCAUCGAUCUCUCUCUCUCUCUCAUGCUCCUUCCACCCACAGUCACACACUCCUCGAUCCCCCCGAAUUUCCAGAUUAUUCGCCUCCCAAUCUUCCAAUUAUCCUUAUUCCAACCUUUUUUCUCGAAUCGCAACGCUUAAUUUUGCUUCAAUUUUUUUUGUUGUUGUAUGAUUACCCGCGUCUGGUUAACUGAUGCCGAUGGAUUGAAUUUCUUCCGAUUGAUCGAUCAUUUCUAUUAAUUAGGGUUUCCGAUUCGUGUAUUUUUCUCCCCAAUUAUUCGGUAUCUCAGUGGGUAUUGUUAAUUGUUAACUGUUGUUGUUGAUUGUUGAUCGAGAUGAAGAUCGAGGAGCUGGAUGAUUCUUCUGCGGCGGAGAGUGUUUACGAGAGCAGGCGCUGCGUUGACUCUGCUGAUAAGGAAAGAAGGAUGGUCGCCGUUCGGGUUGAUGCGAAGAGGGCUUUAGUCGGAGCCGGGGCUCGGAUCCUGUUCUACCCGACCCUUUUUUACAACGUUUUCCGGAACAAGAUUCAGGCUGAGUUCCGAUGGUGGGAUCAAAUCGAACAGUUUCUUCUGUUGGGAGCUGUUCCGUUUCCAAAGGAUGUACCUCGGUUGAAGCAGCUUGGAGUUGGUGGUGUAAUUACUCUAAACGAGCCUUAUGAAACACUCGUGCCCACAUCGUUGUACUAUGCACAUGGGAUCGACCAUCUCGUUAUUCCUACUAGGGAUUAUCUCUUUGCUCCUUCAUUUGGGGAUAUCAACCGAGCUGUGGAUUUUAUUCACAGAAACGCUUGUAACGGCCAAACAACAUACGUCCACUGCAAAGCAGGGAGAGGAAGGAGCACUACCGUUGUUCUUUGUUAUCUGGUGGAAUACAAGCAUAUGAGCCCUGCUGAUGCAUUCGAGUACGUUCGAUCAAUAAGACCGAGAGUGCUAUUGGCUCCAUCACAAUGGAAGGCCGUUCAAGAAUAUAAGCAGCAGAGAAUGGCUUCGAAAGUAGUAUGUACAUCUGGAGACGCUGUGUUAAUUACGAAAGCCGAUCUCGAAGGAUACCACAGCCCAAGUGCCGGUAAGGAGCUGAAAAUUGUUCCGAGAAUGACGAGGACGAGUCCUAUGAUGGCUAGAUUGUCGUGUCUCUUUGCUUCUCUUAAAGUUUCGGGUAACUGUGGAACUACUACAAUGAGGCAGCUAACCGAUGCUCGUGCUUGCUAAUUCUCGAGAAUUGUCUGCGCGGUGAUAAUAAGCUUGUGCUUGUACAGAGAGAACGAAUGCACCCCACCGCAAGGUAAAAAAAGCAAGUGUUGAGAAAUUUUCUAGUCUUUGUGUUGUAUGGGUAAAUGAAGAAUAAAGAAGCAAAAAAAAAGACAUAAAUGACCUUGAGGGCUACUCAAGAUUGUAUGUAGUAUGGUGUUAUAUAUAUAAGCUGUAGUUCUAUCUGUAUAUCAGUAUAUGUAUUUUGCUUGAAAUUUUUCUUUUCAUA